AUGGGCGACGCAACGAUAAAUAAUAACGAUAAUAAUGCGGACAAGCGAACUGAGGCUGUUGCUCCUACAUCGGAUGAAGCGCCCCCUAAUUCGGAACCUAAAGCAGAAGAACCGAAUGCACAGACUAAUGAAGAAAAACCUAACGGAAUCGAGGCUGGCCAGACGGAAGGAGAUGGCGAGAUGAAUGUGGAACAUGAUACCAACGAAGUUAAACCAAUUGAUGUUGACGAGUUGCCUCUCGAUGCAAAACCGCGCCAUUCUAUUAGUAGUGUUGCUGAAUCAAAGGAUACGUUUGCCGAAGAUUACGUUUUUGAAUGUACCAAACGAGGUGUUGUCCCGCUGGGGUAUUAUAUUAGACAUAUGAGAGACAGUGAACUAGUUAUGCGACAUGCGGAUAUUAGCCCAGAAGACUUCAGACCUCUGGCCAUAAGUCUAAGCCAGAGCAAAUUUAUAACUAAACUUGAUCUCAGUCACAACUGGUUAGGUGAUGAAGUAAGUUAUCAUGAUUUUUAAUUUCUAUUAGAUGUGUCAUAAUUCGUUAUACGUUGUUUAAGUGUUUGUGGACCCCUCCUUUUGCGAAGGUAAAGUACUUUACUGAGGUAAUUCAGCUACAGCUUGCAAAGCUUCCUCGGAUUUUCCCUAUUAUGUAGAAUACAAUAAGCCUGUGCAUGCUUAUUGUAUUGAGUACUGUCUGAGUAUGUACUCAUUUUCACCUGGCAAAUGAUUAGUGUAGCUUGAAUCUAAUGUUUUAUAAAUGAACUUUGUCUUACCAAGGACGAAUGCAAAGUAGCUAUAUCACUUAAAUAAAUCGAAGUGGCUUUUAACGCUUAUGCGUAUGCUGCUGUCUCGUUCAUUAUCAUUCUUUCCAAAUAAUUUCUUAAUCAUGCCACGCUUCUUAACGAAUAAGUUUUGAUUGUUGCUUUAAACUUUAUUCUUCUGGCGGAAACCAAACGAACCACUUCAAAAACGACUGGUCUUGCUAUUAAGUUGACUUCAUACUGCAGUAAUUUCUCCACUUGUUUUUAAUUUGCGCAACAUUGAGGUCCGAUCUGAAAUUCCUGAAAUUGUGUCCCUAUUUUGAGUGAAAACCACUUUUUACCCGUAAGAUGCUGGAACAUUAGUAUUCAUUUUAUUUGCGUACGCUCAAAAACCUUCUAGUGUGUUACGCCUUUUGAGCAUUAUACUUGAUUUUAGUUUUCUAUUUUUAUAUUCUUUUUGUUUCGCAAUGCCUGCACGUACAGCUGUUAAGUAACUCUUUGUUAAGAUUCAUACCGACUUUUUAAAACAUCAAAUAAAGGGGCGAUAUAGUGAACAUGAGUAUUAUUAUUAACGAAGCACAUCACGUUUAAUGAUGGUAGAUAAGGCUAUUAGUUUCGCGGAUGUUGACUUACUUAUGCUAAGUUUUACGUUUUUUGGUCUGCUGUGACAACUUAACUUCGACUUAAAUGACAAAGGCAUUUUAAAAGAAGUAUAUAUUUGACCAACUCCCAACACUUUACUUAUCUGAGGCCAAAUAUACAUGUAAACUCUAUAAAUAUUUUUUCUCGAAAAAGGAACUACGCGACUUUUAGAACAUUUGUUGAUUUAUUUUUACUACCCUUUAUAGCCUCCUCAGCCUAAUAAGUUUAUGGUAUCUCCAGAAGUAAGGGAAUGCAGGUGGUUACGUCAUAUUUAAAAUACGCGAAUUCAGCUUAGUGCACUUUUUGCGUAUGGCCACAUUAAAUGAGGGGAAUUUGAGUUUCUUGUUAAAACGGGAACACUGUCUUUGGAUCUGUUUAAUUUUUCACAGUUUACCGGGAACCCUGUUUGCACUUUGCAUAAGGAGCGACACACUCAAUUAUUGAUACAAAUACGACUCGAAUUUGACCAGCACAAAUUAAAAAGGUAUUAUUCGACCAUUUAAGUAUGGAACUGAAAUAAAAGUCCGCAUUAAAUGAAUAGGGCUGUUGUGAUUCCCCAAGAGAUUAGAAAUAAGGUGUCCGUUUUCGCUUAAAAUAAUUUUAGGAAGUGUUGUACUGCAUUCGAGCUCGUUUCUGUAAUUUUUUACAGAUACAACUGAGGAAGCUCCAAGUAUUGCUUAUUAAAAGGCUUGCUAGUCAACAUGUACUCUUUUAAUAUUAUUAUGUAAUCGAAUUACAGUUUCAUUUGCAAGAAGUUUUGGCUUUUUCACUCGUUUUACCUGAUUUUUGAAUCCGCAUCCAGCUUUGUAAUGGAAGUAACGCUUCCCUUUUUUGCAGAGCGUUUCAGCACUAUGCCAACUGUUUUCCGAAAACGUAUUCAUUGAGCAUUUAUCACUGGCGGACAAUCGCUUUACGGAUGCGAAGACCGAAGAAAUGUGUGACACACUUGCAUCCGUAGCUCAGUUAACCUGGUUGGAUCUGAGUGAAAAUUUUUUCAGCGACGAGUCGGCAAACUUCUUUUCUGACUUAAUGGCCGUAAGUGUUGCUGUUUAUUAAAACGUUUUCGGGAUCACAAUUUGUAAGUGGUUAUUCCAAGAGAAAUGUUGCCUGUGUAUCCUAAAAUGUACGCCAAAGCCUACUUUUACUGAAUAUACGACUUGACGAAAAGUCGCGAAGCAUUUAUGUCUUCAUUCCAGUCAAACAGUCCUUAAGCCAUGGCUAAGGAAUGGACGGUUCUAUUGUUCCAUGAGAUUUUUCGAUCAUUCGACCACGCUUUAGAGGGACGAAAGUUUCGCCUAUUUGGUCCACCGAACGUUCACUUUCGUAAAUAAAUUAUUGCCAGCUGUCAAAAAUCACUUUUGCUCCUAUUCUAUGUCCAACUUUCAGAACACCUUACUACUAAUCAGAAAAGCUUUAUGCCUUCCAGUGUUUCACUUGCUAAGAAGCAUAAUCAGGCAUGGCUUCAUUUCAUGCCUGACAACUCGCGAUUAAUUGAACGUUUAUUUUAGUUCCCAUAUAACGGAGCUUCGGACCUAAAAGAUAUUGUUACCCUCUGGUGUUCUGUCUGCAAAAAGCUGCAUUCGAAAACUCCUAAUUAGUAAUUUAAUAAGAAAAGAUAGGAUGAAAAGCAAGACAAACGAUUAUCUUCAACCGUCUAUUGUUUAUGUGCUGUUGGUAAUAAGACCGAUUGUUUUCAGAGAAUUCAUUUCGCAAGUAGGUACACUCCCAGAGGGCUUUUUCAGUGAGCAGCGAUGAGAGAGAUCCCACGUGUUUCAUAUAUAAUCCUCCGGCAGUUGACCUAUCGGCUGCUGAACUUGUAUCCCACUCGAACCAUUUUUCCUAUCCUUUCAGUAUAUUAGAGAUUCCGAAUAAUGUAUAUCGGCUCCUACGUGGAACGAUAUACUAUAUAGGGAAGGAGCAUUUUGCCGUCACCGCUGGCGUUUGUUAAGGGUGAUAUUUUUGCCAAGUCCUUUUAAACGAUGCCUUAGAUUCAAUUCUGUGGACAACACUCCACGGAGAACAACGUAUUUUCAUCUCGAUCCUUCCAAACGGAUCACUGUCUGAAAGCAAUAAGUAGUCGCAUGCAACUUGCUCGCAAUGCUUUACCGACUCUGGAGGUGUCCGUAGAUAGUCGCAUGCUCCAGCAGUAGACAAAGCAUCGAGUUCAGAAGACGAAGAUGCGAUCACUGGAACAAGAAAUUUAUUGGGCUGACGGUUCGGAUUCUCACUCGAAUCCAUAAUCAGAGACAUUCGCAGACAAAGGUGGUGGUGGCACAAGAAGUGCAGUAUUUAUAGCACGUUGCUGCCGUGGGACCAUGUGCGCGCUGUAAUUAACAGCUCUCUCAAUCAGCGCUGGGGUCGUAAGUGAUGCGGUGGUGCCUUGUCAGUCCGAGUCCGAAUCGUUAAUGGCCGUGAUUUCGUCAUCCGUGCUCGAUGCCGGUGUGACGUUUGCUCGACAAAUAGGCUCACCGUCACUGGGAUACUUGCUCGCCCGCGCCCUCCCCACGUGACUGAUUCCCCUGCCCAGGGAAAAUCUCAGCACGUAAUAUUAUACCGGGAGGUCAUUGUGCUUGUUGAUGGAUUGUGGGCCUGAGAACCGUGACUCGAGCAGCUCGCUGCUCACGCGGUUGUCACCCUCUUGCGAGGAUUUUGGUCUCUUGAAAUUUGAAAAUAUGGCCGGGUCCCGUCGAGUGUGCCGCCACCUGAGAGCGAGCGUCUCCCCGCCUCACUGCUGCUGCGUUCUCGGCAAUUCGCGUACGGAGUAAUCUCCCAGUUUCUCCAACAUAGUUGCUUUGUCCGCAACUAUACCAGAUCCGGUAAACGACUCCAGACGUUUCCUGCCGUGGCAGCGGUUCUUUUGGCCUCAUGACUUGGCGCCUAAUGGUUACUUCCGGCCUGUGUGCAACGCCAACUCCAAGUGAAGUGAGAAGACGACUGACGGCUUCCAAGACGUUCUCACGUACGGAAGAGCCCGCCAACAUUUGGGGCCAGUUGGAUUUGGUCUCUGGUGUCGUUUUUGUAUGCACUGGUUGAAAAAGUUGCGCGGGUAGCCAUUGGCUCUCAUUACCCCUCGACGAUAUUAUAAGUCAGCAACUUUGUCUUCCAUUUCACUACAGCGCGUCUCAACGCGCCGGUAUAGCGCCCUUACGCAACUGCGUUCGUGACUGAUUGGGUGGUUGCUAUUGAAAUUCAGUAUUUGCGUCGUAUUUGUCGCUUUCCUGGACAUUUUGGUUUUUAGGCCACCACAAUCUUUGCGGCAGGCGAGGACAUUCGGGAAGGCCAGCUGGUUAUUUUUCCCCUCCUCCAUCGUAAAUUGAAUGUCUGGGAAGACGGCGUUGAGAUGUUCUUUGAAUGUCAACACCUGAUCCCGUUCGAUGACGACGAAAGUGUCAUCCACAUACCGAGCCCAGAAUUUCGGUCUGUGAUGUCGGAAAACCAGCGACUUCAGCCGUUGUAG